CACACUGGAAACUCUUGCUGUAGGAGUAACACACCACACUUGGUUGAGUGUUCGUCUGAUCAUCACGCACAGACACGCUUUAAAAAAAAAUAAUAACUGCACACAUGAAAGAAAACAUUGUAGAACACCAUUGCAUUUACGUAUUGAUCAUAAGGAACUACGUUAUGUAUUUAUCUAUAAGCGUAUAAUCAAUUCGUUUUAAUGUACUUUAAAUUGUUUAUUUUAAAAAUACUUAGAUUCUGGACUAUUUUGAUAAUCAGUAAUUGAAUAAACAAACAAGUCGUUAAAACAACACUGAGGCGUGUGACUGCUGGUUCAGAGAUUGACAGACCAUUGUUCAAGAUAAUUGUGUUAGAUUUCUUAGUAGGCUAGUAUGUGCAGUGACAUCUAGGUAAUAAAAAUGUCUACCUGUAAAUAUAGAUCUAUAUACUUGAGAGAAUUAUGAGGCUCCAGGAUUACUAUAACACUUUCAGAGCUGACAUUUCAUUGGUAGGCAUGGCGCAAUAAAAUGUAAGAAUGUCGCCUGUCAAGUUCGUGCUAUUGGCAGUCUUGACUGUUUUCUUCUUACUUAACUUUAGAACCUUAGCACAAUCAACUCCUCCUUGUCUGAGAGUAAAUGCUUGCCCUAACAACACUUAUUGUGCAGAGAAACCAGAUGGCACUAUAUCAUGUAUAGCAUGUGAUGUGUCUUGUGAGCUUGGCUGUGAUGGACCUGGUCCAGAAUGGUGUAAAAGUUGUAAGGCAGGUUACUAUAAGCCUCCCACUCUUUUACAAGCAUGCACUGAAUGUGAUGUUGGUUUCUAUGGAGUGAACUGUUCUAAACAAUGUCGUUGUCUGAACAAUGAACUUUGCAAUAAAACUGAUGGAUUCUGUAAUGGUUGGAAGUGUGACAGAGGCUAUACUGGGCUGCCCUACUGCCAGGACAAGUGCCCAAUAAACACAUUUGGACUUGAUUGUGGGUUUGUGUGCCACUGUCCAGUCAAUGACAAUUGUAGUAAUGUGCAGGGGGACUGUAGCAGUGGAAAGUGUGACGCUGACUGGGAUGGACCUGGCUGUCAAAGAAGAUUGCCUAAACUAGUGUUGCCCCCAAGACCACUAUCCGUCACAUGUAACAACAUAACUAUAUACUGGGAUGCUUUUAAUAAGUCUGUUGAUAUUGGAUUGGACCCUAUCAAACAGUAUAAUGUAUUGUACAAACAGAAUACCACUGUAUCAGCAAAUGGCACCACUAAUUGGACUAAUUAUAUUAGUAUAGAUGAUCUGCAUGAUGGGCGUAAGACCUACAUUGUUAGCAUUACUAGUGGGUUGCUGCAAGAUGUUGAUUACAACUUUAGGGUGGACGUGGUUGGAAUGGAAAAUGACAAGCCACUGAAAAGUACCACUGCUGGAACUGUGUCUGCUGCCAUUCGAAACACAUGUACAACAGCAACAGCCACUACACCAGUAGUUGUUAUAUCUCGUAAAGUUUUUGACACUGUGACUAUUCGAGCGGUAAACUCCACCACUGUAAAUGUUGAUUACACUAUUCUGAAAGAGUUCAGUGGCUACGAGUAUGAUGUUUACUUCACUAGGACACAUUUAGGAAAUGGAGACUGUGAGGAUGGAGCAGGGGAUAGAAACAUUUCUGGACCUCACAAUGCCUAUUACUUUGUGACUUAUGUUAACCUGACCAGCUGGAGUAAAUACAACAUUGCUAUAAACAUAACAGCUAAAUCUAUGGAUGUUCGAGAGUAUUACACACAGAAUAUCACCACUGCUGAAGUCUUGCCAACAGGACUAGUGACAAAUGUAAGUGUUGAUAGUGUGACAUCAUCAUCUGCCACAGUCAGUUGGUUGGCACCUUCUUGCAGUCAAAGAAAAGGUUUACUCAAGUCCUACAGUAUCUACUUGGAAACAGUAGGAAGUACUAACAUAAGACUCUACUCUGCAGCUGAUAUUAAGUACACUAUCACUGACUUAGUGCCAUACACCAAUUACUCUCUUCAAGUGGCUUACAAUAACUCUGUUGGUCAGGGACCACUUAGUCCAAAGGUGUACUUUAACUCAAGUGAGGGAGCCCCUUCAUCAGUGGAUAUAGUGUCAGCCAUUCCAGCCUACUCCUCAGUGAAUAUAACAUUCAGACCUCCUGUCACAACCAAUGGGAUACUGACUACAUACACUGUCAUGUUUAGUGAGACAGUUGACUUUGACAAGUAUGACACUGUCACUGUCAGAGCAGUUGAUGGACAGAGGACUUUAUUUGUUGACAGGCUUAAACCACAGACUUAUUACUACUUUAAGAUGGCAGCAAGUACUUCAGCAGCUUUGGGACCAUUUGGUGAUGUUUCUUCAGCAUUAACCUUGCAGACACCACCAUCUUCAGAAAGUAUUAAACUGGAGUUGACCAACAACUCGCUGAAAUGUUUAGACCUGCGCUGGACACCACCACAGAAUGGAACAAAUGUCAUUACAUCAUAUUUGCUUGAGGUGCGUAGAGCCAGUGCAGACUUCUCCACUUCAGUGAACACAACUCUUGCUGCUAAUCAAACCUCGUAUUCUGUGUGCUCUCUGAAACCAAGUACAUUAUACAUUGUUACACUGACAGGCUUCAGUGCACAGAGUGUUGUAUCUAGAGUCACAGAGAACUUCAGCACAGUCCAUGGGACACCACCAGCACCAGUACGCCCAAUAUUUGUCCGCUCUACCUACACAACCAUUACCAUAGCCAUUGAGCCUGUAGUGUCCCUUGAUGUCCCAGUCACCAGCUAUCAGCUGAUGGUGCAGAAACUGACAACACAAAGAAAGAAGAGAGUGGCAGGCCUUCCUGGCUAUGUGACGGCACAAUUUGAUGUUUCCAACAUAACACAGAAAAUGAACUUUGUUAUUGGAGAUAACCAAACCUAUGGGGAUUACUUGAACUUGGUGCUAGACAACAACACGUAUUAUAUGAUCUAUUAUGUAGCUCUGAGCACGCUGAACCAGCUAACAACUUUCAGUUCUUCCAACCUUAUAGAUCCUGUCAGAACUAUUCCUUAUGACCCAGCUACUAGCCCUCCUGUCCAGAUAGAUGUCUCAGAUAAGAGCACCUCAUGUAUGUCUUUGAAUUGGACAAGCCCUGAAGAAAUAAAAAAUAUCAUCACUGGGUUCACAUUUAGCUUACAAGAAACAGGGAAUGCAAACACAGCCCCAGUAUUGGAAGAGCUCAAUUCAACAACAAAAGCCAUAAGAAAAUGUAAUCUUAAGUCUUUCACUCUGUACACUGCUACCAUCUCGGCCAAGUCAGCUAAUGGUAUCCUUACAGUCUCAUCUAAUACUUUUAGAACUGUUCAUGAGCCUCCUCCAAGGCCCAGUGCUCCAGUCUUUGUGAACUCAAGUUACACCACCAUAACUGUCACACUUGACCCUAUAGUUCUCACUGCUGGACCAGUCACAGCAUAUCAGAUACAUGUUGAAAAAGUCCUUGCACCAAGUAGGCGCAGGAAACGUUUCUCUAAACCUUUUAUUGGUCGUUUGAGACGUAAACGCAUGUCAGGGGUUCCAGGCUAUGUAACGGCAGAGCUAGCCCCUUCUUAUAUCAUUACAAAGAUAAACUUUACUGUAGGUGAUGGGAAGAGCUAUAAUGGCUACACCAAUCAAGCGUUAACUGAGAAAACCUGGUACACAGUCCACUAUGUGGUCAUAAGUACAAGCAGCAACAUCACCUACUUCAACUACUCUUCCAUGAGUCCACCUGUCAUCACAGUGCCAUACGUCUUAACCACAGCAGGUCCAGUGGCUCAGUCCAGCGAGAACAAUGGUGUCCUCAUUGGUGUGAUCGUUGGCUUCAUUCUAUUUAUACUUUUAAUUUUGCUGUUAAUAGGCCUGUAUAUAUGGUGGAGGCGGAGGAACAGGUUCAACCCAUAUGAGUACCAAGAGGAUGACUCCAGCACCCUAGAACUGCCCCCUUACAAAGAUGACUAUGAUCCAUCCAAGUACUGGAGUGCUACAAACAACUUGAGAGAAAGCCGGUACAUCAUUGCUGGCAGAGAGCUGGUGUAUGAUUAUAACACCACACCUCACCCAAAGCAAAACAAAGGUCCUAACCUGGACUCUCCACUUAUGUCCUUUAAAGAUGAGUACCAGGGACUGCCACACAAGUCCAGCAGAGCCACAGACAACGCUGCUCGUAGUUAUCGCAACUUCAACAGGUUCCCCCACUUACUUCCCUAUGACCACAGCUUAGUCUCACUCAAAUCUGACAUCAAUGUUCACAGAACUUACAUUAAUGCUAGUUUCAUACCAGGCUUCAGGAAUUCAAUUUCCUAUAUUGCUGCCCAGAGUCCAUAUGAUGAUGAAACUGCUCUAGAUUUUUGGCGCCUCAUUUACCAAAGGUCUAUCAAAACAAUAGUAAUGAUUACAAAUGUAGUGGAGGAUGAUAUUGUCAAGUGUACCCAGUAUUGGCCUGACAAAACAAAAGCUAGUUAUGGACACUUCCUUCUGCAUAUGACUGAGGUGCUGGAGUAUGCUGACUACACCAUCCGCACAAUUGAACUACACUGUAAGGGAGAUAAAGAUAUUACGAUGGUCAAGCUUUUUGAGUACACCUCCUGGCCUGAACAUGGAGUGCCUGAUGACCCUAUCCCCUUCUUGGAUAUGCGGUACAAGAUCCGGCAGAACCAUGCUGAAGACCCCUCCCCCAUCUUAGUCCACUGUGGGACAGGCAUGGGCAGGACUGGUGUUUUCAUAGCUGUGGACGCCCUUGUAGACCAGUAUGCUUUAGAGGGUAAAGUGGCAGUGUACAGCUACAUCAAGAAAAUGCGCAAACACAGACCUUACAUGGUGCGCACACUGAGGCAGUAUGUCUUCAUUUAUGAGGCUCUGUUUGAAAAGUUUCAUGCUGGAAGCACAUUGGCUAGCUUUGACCUGAAGGACAGGUACCACAACUGGAUGCAGAUCAACCCCAAGACAGAGCACUCCUACUUGAGAGAUCAGUUUGAACUGUUGGAGAAAUUUACAAGGGGGCCAAGACGAGAAGAUUGUAAGGCUGCUUUUUUACCAGCAAAUAUCAAGAAAAACAGAUACCUGGAUGUUGUUCCUUCGGAAAUGCACAGACCAUUGCUACAAUCUUAUGGUGGAGUGAAUCCUACAGAUUACAUCAAUGCUUUGUUUGUUGAUGGCUAUAUGAAGAGAAAUCAGUUUAUAGUCACACAAACACCACUUCAGGGCACCAUCAUAGACUUUUGGAAGCUUGUUUAUGACUACAAUGUUCAUACUAUCGUCAUGGUAGAGAACUCCAGGAAUGAGGAUGACACUUGUGCAGAGUAUUGGCCCUCUCUCAACCUUAAGCAUUUUGAGCCCCUCUUUGUGGAGACCACUGCUGUUUACCAACAAGAGAACAUCACAAUAAGAAAUUUUAAGAUUCGCAGCACUCAGCACCCUAAGGUACCAGCCAGGUUUGUUAGACAGUUCCAAUUCAAUGCCUGGGUGCAGCCUAAUCUAACUCCACAGUCCAAGACCAUGAUGAUGGACUUUAUCGACAGUGUCUUCCGUUGGCAGGAUGAAGCAUGCCAGAAUGAGACUCCCGUGGUGGUUCAUUGCCAGGAUGGAGCUACCCACUCUGGCUUAUUUGUCAUUCUUGCCAUCCUCUGUGAUAAAAUGGAGCUAAACAAGGAAGUGGAUGUCUAUCACACAAUCAAACAUUGUAAGAGACGUCGCACCCAGUUUAUAGCAGACUAUGACCAGUUCCGUUUCUGUUACAAGACAGUCUGGGACUUCAUGAACUUGAGAAUGUCAGAUGGUGCUUACACUAAUACCUUGGGGGAGUCCAAGAGUAACCCAGCUUACACAGGAGCUUCUCUCAAUUUAAGUUCUACAGUUUUUGAUGACACAUUCUCAACUUUUUAGAGGAUAAUCCAGGACUUUUAGCUUAUCUGUGAUAUCUCUCUUACUUAGCCAAUAGAUAACUUGAAAACAGUGUUUAACUUUCUCAUUAAUAAAGUUAUAACAUAUUAUGACAUAAAAAUUUGAUUAGUGAGCCAAGAAGAGGCCAGUGUGUUGUAGUAAGCUUAGAUUAACAUGUUUCUUCUAAUAAAUGAGAACUAUGUUUAAAUGAUUAAAGUUUAUUGUAAAUAUUUAUUUCUGAUUAUUAAAUUUCUUUUUACACUUUGCCUUUACAAUGAAUGUACAGUGUAUUGAUUUUUGUGUAAUACUUAUGUACAUAAAAUAUUUAAGAUGUGUACUAUAUAUUUUUCUUCCUAUUUACAACAUUAUCUAUUUAAAAAAAUAAUGAAUAACAUUUUCUAUUAAGAUUUAAUAUAUGCAAUGUUAUACAUAAUAACUAUUCUAUCCUUUAUUUCUUACAAAAUAUAUUUUUUUUUUACUUUGGUGCUAAACAUUUUAAAGGACUGGUUAAAAAGUAUUUCUCAACUUAUUACUAGUGUGCUAUAGACAAAUUGCGUGCUUUUGAUUUUUGUAAGUCACUUAGUGUAUCUAGUAUUCUUUCACAUUUGUUUGUAUAUUGUUAAACAGGUUUGAAAUCAGUCUCAGAGAAAAUAAUACUUUUGUGGUUGCAAACUGAUCUUGGGCUUUCCUACUUCUGUCUCAUGACAGUUGAUGUUAAGUAUUGAAACUUUUCUAUAGCCCUAGUUGACUGAUUGACUCAUAACUAAUUCUCCCACUUGGGCUGGACAAAAAAAAAAUGCUGAAACUUUUAUUUAUUAGCCUACUACUUACUGUGUACCUAGAAAAACUAUUGUAUGUUUCUGUUGCUGCAUUCAUUAACUUUGUUUUCAUUUAUUCAUUAUAGGUACAUUUUGUAUUGCUUUUUGGUGACUCCUUAUAUACAAAUUUCAUUUAGCUACACUAUUAGGAGAUAAGGGGCCAAAAGGCCCUGCUGCACCUCGGGCCCUUUGUGCCUACGACCCAAAGUAUUCCACUGAUCUUGUUGAUGUUAUAAACUGGGUAAUGUUUUCUCCAAAUCUUUCUCCUACUAUUUGUUUCUUGAUCAUGUGAGAGACUCUAUGCCCCUCAAUUGUCUCAGAAACAAUCUACCUUGUUCACUCACAGUAUACAGAAUGAUUUGCAAGCCAAACUAUGGACUUUUAGCUUUACAUUCUCUAUCGCCUCCUGUGAUGAUGAGCCCAACAUUUACUGUUCCAGAUUAUUUUAAUUUUGGUCACUGGAAAAGCAUCCAUCAUUUUUUAUUGUCGUAAUUUAAGUUUCAGUUGUAUUUUUUCAACCAAUAUUGUGCAUUGUCCAGCAUAUCACAGUCUUAUGAGAAGAAAAAGAGCAUGUAUUUCUCAAGUAAAGAUUUACUAUGGCCCUCAAUGCAUCAAAACUUACAAGAGUUUAGUUACAAAUAUUAAAAAAAAAAACAGCUGGGUUUUACAUAUCUUUUUUAUGAAUAUCUAAUUAGGGUAUCAUCAAAUAGAAAGGGAGUCUACUUAUUUUUGGUUUAUCAUCUCCACUGACUAAGAUAUUGAUCUUUCUUUUUUUUAAACCUUUUUAUAUUUUCCUUGUAUGAGAGGCGCUUGAACUUGGCUUGGCUACCUAGAAGGGGGCUCGAGGUUCGACACCCGACUUGGGCAGAGUUGUGUUUACUGAGCGCCUAAAGGAAGCACGGAAAACCAACUCCUAGAUACCCCCUUUCCCCCUGACUGGUCCACAAAUGAGAUUGGACCAAAAGCGCUCUGAGCAUGCUAUAAGCAUGAAAGUAGCACUAUAUAAAAGCUGUAAUAAUGGUCAUUUGUUUCAGUGGCCCACAAUUAACAAGGUUAUGAUGUGACAAGCACACAACCAUCCACCUUUAAAUUUUCCAACUAAUGUCAGGUACCAAUUAGAUAUGGGUGGACUUAGAGGUGCCCUAAAGAUCCUGAAAUUAAAAAUCCCAGUUUUUCUUCGGAGUCCAAGCAGUUUUCCCAUUCAACUACAGCACCUCCCAUAUAUAUAUAUAUUGAUAAGAUCAUGACUGCUAUUUCUAUAUUAUGUACUCUUUCUAUGGGAUGACUUUCAAAAGUACAGGGAGGACCAGGUAGUGGGAAGAUGUUACAUUUAUAGAAAGAAAGUUGGCAGGUAUAUAGGCCUACUCCUUUAUGUAAUCAUACUGUAGAAUAUCUUGGUUGAAAAUUUCACAAAUAUUAGGAUUUUCUUAUAAUAUAGGAAGACAUUUAAAUAAGGAACAUAGCCAUUUGUUAAGACUAGAACUAAAGUCAAAAUUUUAGAUUUUAAUUGUAUCACUAAUAAGGAACAUAGCCAUUUGUUAAGACUAGAACUAAAGUCAAAAUUUUAGAUUUUAAUUGUAUCACUAAUUUUACUAGAAAUCAUGUUAUGAAAACAAGAAUACUUUUAUCAUGAGCAUCUUUGUAAGGGCAGUCAUCACAUUUUAUGUGCAUUCAAACUAUGAAUUAUUUUGUAGAGGCAACUUAAUUUAGUUCUGAUAUGCAUUAGUUAAUCGUGUUAUAUAUUCCCCCUGUAAUCAUGUUGAUAGCAAAUUUAUGUUCAAACAUACAGAUAUUAUCUCUAAAUAAAUCUUUUUUUUAAGUUUCAA